AUCCUACACACAUGCUCAUGUAUCCAAACUUAUUAAGCACGUACGCUUCCAAUCUGCAAUUCCAUAUACGCGCCAGGGCUCGGCCUGCACAUAACUCGGGAAUCCAGCAACCCUCACUUGUCUCGUUUGGAUGCGAGGUAGCAAUACUAAUGGUCAAUACUCCCAAAAAACUAAAAG